AUGUUCCAACUAUCCAUCAUUAAGGACACCGUACCAAUACACCCCUCCGACUUCGGUGUCCCCGCACAAGAAGCGAUUAUAACAGAACUAAACAAGAAGUAUGCGAAUCGCGUACUGCAUAAUGUCGGGCUGGGGAUCUGCGUGUUUGACCUGAGCCAGGCGAGCGAGGGGAAGGUGCGGUAUGGGGAUGGAAUGCUAUGGUAUAAGGUUGUGUUUCGGCUGGUCGUCUUUAGGCCGUUUACUUCAGAGGUCGUCCUCGGCAAGGUCAAGUCUUCGGAUGAGGAUGGGAUACGAGUGAGCUUGAACUUCUUCGACGAUGUAUACAUCCCCGCCAUGUACCUGCCACAACCAUCCGCAUUCGACCCCAACGAACGCGCGCACUUCUGGCUGCCAAAUCCCCCAGAAAAUCCAUCAGUCCACGUCCUCCUCGACACCCCCACCGACACGCGCAUGUACAUCGACGCCGGCGAGGUCAUCCGCAUGCGCGUUGAAGCAGACGAGUUCUACGACGACGAGCCGGGGCCGGUGCAGAAGCCCGAGAUCAACGGCCCCGUGAAGGCGGCGCCGACAAGUGAGAAUAAGAGGCCGCCGUAUACGAUUAUUUGCUCGAUAGGCGAACAGGGGCUGGGCCCGACAGCGUGGUGGAAUGCAGAACAAGAAGCUGAAGAUGGGAUGGAGGAAGGCUGA